AUGGCGGGCGGCGGCGGGGAGACGAAGGUGAUCUACCACCUGGACGAGGAGGAGACGCCCUACCUGGUGAAGAUCCCCGUGCCCGCCGAGCGCAUCACGCUGGGCGACUUCAAGAGCGUGCUGCAGCGGCCCGCGGGCGCCAAGUACUUCUUCAAGUCCAUGGACCAGGACUUCGGGGUGGUGAAGGAAGAAAUUUCAGAUGACAAUGCCCGCCUCCCCUGCUUCAAUGGAAGGGUGGUAUCCUGGUUAGUGUCAUCAGAUAACCCCCAAAUGGAAAUGGCUCCCACAAGCCACGAGUCCCGGACAGAACUGGCUCCUCCACCCCCACCGUUGCCCCCCUUGCCACCAGAGAGGACCAGUGGCAUCGGAGAUUCCAGGCCUCCCUCUUUCCACCCUAAUGUAUCCAGUAGCCGUGAAAAUCUGGAGCCCGAGACAGAAACGGAGUCAGUAGUGUCUCUGAGGCGGGAGCGGCCCCGAAGGAGAGACAUCGCUGAGCAUGGCGCUGCAGGCCACCGACCCGGGGGCCCCACGAGGCUGGAGCGCCACCUGGCCGGCUACGAGAGUUCCUCCACCCUCAUGACCAGCGAGCUCGAGAGCACCAGCCUGGGGGACUCAGAUGAAGAUGACACCAUGAGCAGAUUCAGCAGCUCCACUGAGCAGAGCAGCGCUUCCCGCCUCCUUAAGCGCCAUCGACGAAGGCGGAAACAACGACCACCCCGCCUGGAGAGAACCUCCUCCUUCAGCAGCGUCACUGACUCCACAAUGUCUCUGAACAUCAUCACAGUCACCCUCAACAUGGAGAAGUACAACUUCCUGGGCAUCUCCAUUGUGGGCCAAAGCAAUGAACGUGGCGAUGGUGGCAUCUACAUCGGCUCCAUCAUGAAAGGUGGGGCCGUAGCCGCCGAUGGACGCAUCGAGCCGGGGGACAUGCUUCUGCAGGUGAACGACAUGAACUUUGAGAACAUGAGCAAUGACGAUGCAGUCCGAGUCCUGAGGGACAUUGUGCACAAGCCCGGCCCCAUUGUGCUGACGGUAGCCAAGUGCUGGGAUCCCUCUCCCCAAGCCUAUUUCACUCUCCCCCGAAACGAACCUAUCCAGCCAAUUGACCCUGCUGCCUGGGUCUCACACUCUGCUGCGCUGACUGGUACCUUCCCAGCCUACCCCGGCUCCUCGUCCAUGAGCACCAUUACAUCAGGGUCCUCUCUGCCUGAAGGCUGUGAAGGCCGGGGUCUCUCUGUCCAUACAGACAUGGCAUCUGUGACCAAAGCCAUGGCAGCUCCAGAGUCCGGACUCGAAGUUCGGGACCGCAUGUGGCUCAAGAUCACCAUUCCAAAUGCCUUUUUGGGCUCAGACGUGGUUGACUGGCUCUACCAUCACGUGGAGGGCUUUCCUGAACGGCGGGAAGCCCGCAAGUAUGCCAGCGGAUUGCUCAAGGCGGGCCUUAUCCGACAUACCGUCAACAAGAUCACCUUCUCUGAGCAGUGCUAUUAUGUUUUUGGAGACCUCAGUGGCGGCUGUGAGAGUUACCUCGUCAACCUCUCUCUGAAUGACAAUGAUGGCUCCAGUGGGGCUUCAGACCAGGACACCUUGGCCCCUCUGCCUGGUGCCACCCCCUGGCCCCUGCUGCCUACUUUCUCCUAUCAGUACCCCACCCCACACCCAUAUAGUCCUCAGCCCCCGCCGUACCACGAGCUUUCUUCCUACACUUACGGCGGAGGCAGUGCCAGCAGCCAGCACAGUGAAGGGAGCCGGAGCAGUGGGUCAACACGCAGCGAUGGGGGGGCAGGGCGCACAGGGAGGCCCGAGGAGCGGGCCCCUGAGUCCAAGUCUGGCAGCGGCAGUGAGUCUGAGCCCUCCAGCCGGGGGGGCAGUGUUCGGCGGGGUGGGGAACCUGGUGGUAGCGGGGAUGGGGGCCCACCUCCAUCCAGAGGCUCCUCAGGGCCUCCCCCCAACCUCCGAGCCCACCCAGGACUCCAUGCCUAUGGGCCACCGCCGGGCAUGGCCCUCCCUUACAACCCUAUGAUGGUGGUCAUGAUGCCCCCCCCUCCGGUCCCGCCAGCAGUGCAGCCACCAGGGGCCCCUCCAGUCAGGGAUCUGGGCUCUGUGCCUCCAGAGCUGACUGCCAGCCGCCAAAGCUUUCACAUGGCCAUGGGCAACCCCAGUGAGUUCUUUGUGGAUGUCAUGUAGGACCCGGAG